ACGAGUAUAAAUGUGAGGAUAUUGCGUCUUAUUUUGGAUCUUUGUGCGGUGAAAUUUGUAAAAUUACAAGUCCAUGAUAGUUGACGACCGAACCAUGAGUCGCGGAGUCAUUUUAGAGUAGUUUUGCGAGAGGUGGCUUGUGUGUUUCUCUCUCCCGUGUCGCCCCGUCGUAUUCCGCAAUCAUUACCUUCGCCAGCAGCACCGUGGAGCCUGCAAACAAGCUCGAUGUGCAGGUUAAACAGUAUAAAAAGAUGAAGAAACGGAAGGAGCUGGAUGCUCUCGUUUCGAACGGAAAAAUAGGUUCCAGCAAACGGAUUAGCUGCGGGAAGAAGGGAUCGGGCUCCUGCUCGGCCCAUGAGCUGCUCCGGCACGAUACGGAUUCCUCGGACAUGGAAGACUUUUCCAUCCUCCAGCCUCGUAGAAAGGGUCGCAAAAAACAUGGAAAUCGCUUCUGUCUCACAUCUGUUUGCCUGUCCCUUUGCCAAUUCAUCCUCGUGACCACCAGUUGCUUAGUCUCUGGAGCAUUGAUUUGGCUCCAUAUCGGGCUUAGGGAGGACAUAGAUCUGCUUCGAGCACAUCUCCAGAAAGUUGAAGCUGGCAACAGAAACACUCCAGAAGCUCUACAUGUGAUACAUUCUAAAUUAAAGCAGCUGGAUUCUAAUGUUACUAUGUUGUACAUUGAGGUGCGGAAAAACAUUGCUGAUAUAGAUAAUAUAACUUCAGAGAUAAAAGUUUUAAAAGAUGUUACCAACAACUUAAAAGAAAGUAUUGCUGCUGCUCCUGCCAUACAGCAACUACCAAAAGAUGUACAUUCUCUUUCAGAGAGUGUGGCCAGUUUUGGUAGUAAGAUGACUGCUCUAGAAUCUAAUGUCAAAGAGCUCAAAGACCAACAGUCUAGUAUACAAACUACUGCUCAAAACCUUUCUGGAGAAUUGGACAAUAUGAAAAUAAUGAUGCAAGAAAUUACUAAUUCCACUGAUCUUCAGUCUAAGUCAUCUGUAAAUACAUCAGUGAAUAAUACAAAAUUGCAGUCUACUGUGCAGCUAGCGAUGCAAAAAUUCUCUUAUUUAGAAGGGCAACUUUCAAAUGUUUUAAUUUCCAUGAACAAAAUAAAUGCUACUGUUGAAACUCUAAAUGAUGCAAUAGUUUGGAUUGUAAAUGAUUCACACUCCCAGAAUUCUCAUAUUUUUUCUCUGGAAAAUUUUAUACAUGGUAAUCUGACGUUACGUUUAGAACAACUGGAAGUUGACAGAAAUCAUCCAAUGAAAUUAUCAAAUGCUCCUGAUAUAGAUUACAUAAACAAAACGAUUUCAGAAAGUAUUUUCCACAUAGUAAAUGAAGAAUUGUCUCUCGGCAUUUUAUUGCAUAACCGAAGCAACUCUUUAGAAGUUUUAGAGGAUACUCAUGAUAUUUUGGUGCUACUUGCUGCUCUUCUUAGAAAGUUUGAAAGAAUUCCCAGAUCCCAUCUUAUAAGCAACAGAAAUGCAACUGAGCUUGUGAGAGCUAUGCUUCAUCAAGUUUUUGAUGAAAUGAUGGCAUCAAGAGACUUAAAAAUAGAAGGGUUGGAACAAGAAGUUAAAAAUAUAACUAUGUGUAUGCAACUUCAUCCUGAUACAGGAAGUAAAGAUCUCAUUGAUUCCGAUGAUUUGGUUACUCCAUUAUUGGUUCAGUCAUCUCCAAGACAAGAAACAACUACUGUCAACUCUGAAAUCACUGGAGAAAUAUUUCAGAAUAAGGAGUAAAUUGCAGUAUCCAAACAUAGACACCAGAUUUGCCAGAUCCACAUAGUAGUACAGCUUUUUAUUGUGUACAAAAAUUUCUCCUUGUCCAUAGAGUUGCUUUUAUAGAAUAAAAAAAUGGUGUAACCAUAAAGCAUUUUGUUAUGAUUUACACUGCUUUCAAAAUGCUGUUUGUGAUUCAAAUUCUGGCAAAUUUGAAAGUGUUUUAAGGUUUAGCUUUUGAUGUCCAGCAAGAUUGAGAAAGCAUUUAUUGUGCCAAAAUUGUAUAAAGACUUUGUAUUAUAUAUAGAAAACAGAAAUUUUAUUUGAAUGGGUCAUAACUAAUUAGCCGUGGAAAAAUGAUUUGAAUCAGUUAAAUUGCAUACAUGUCUUCUGAUGUUACUUAAAUUUUGCAUUGACUAGC